AUGGAGCUCCACUUGGACAAUCAUAGAAGCCUUGAUCAACAUCGGAAGGACCUUAAAAGGAAAUUGGAGGAAUUGAUUGGUUUGAAGAAAGACACAGAAUCUAUAAUGAGAUCAGAGCUGCAGCCGAGAAAGAAACUCAAGGCGGAAGUCCAGAUAUGGUUGGAAAAUGUUGAAAGAGUCAAUGUCGAAGUGCAUGCCCUUGAUGGAAGAAUCGUUUCAUGGAGGUUGGUGGUUGACAAUCCUCAAUGGAUAGGACAAGUUUUAUCGACAACAAGUUUAUCAGGUGAAGCUGUAAAGGCAUGUAUUGAAGAUAUCUGGAAUUGCUUGAUGGAUGAUGAGGUUCCAAAGAUUGGAGUUUGGGGGAUGGGUGGCGUGGGGAAAACAAGCAUCAUGAAGGUUAUAAACAACCAACUCUUAAAAGAGACAGGGAAAUUUGAUAUUGUGAUUUGGAUCACUGUAUCCAAAGAGAUGAAUGUUGCUAAACUGCAGAAAGACAUUGCUAGUAAAAUUGGAGUAGAAUUUUCUGGUGAUGAAGAUGAAACUACAAGGGCAGGGAGGCUCUUUGAAACAUUGUCUCAGAAGAGUAGGUUUGUGAUGAUCUUGGAUGACCUAUGGGAGAAGGUUUCACUUGAGAGAAUAGGAAUUCCUGAGCCAUCAAAUGGGACUAAAUUAGUGUUGACAACAAGAUCAGCUGAUGUGUGUCGACAAAUGGGUUGUAGAAUGAUUAAAGUGAAGCCUCUGACGGAAGAAGAGGCAUGGAAGUUGUUCUUAGAGAAGGCGGGCUGUGAUAUUCUCAAUAUUCCAGCGGUGGAACCAAUUGCAAGAUCAGUUGCUAAGCAUUUGUGCAGAAUCCAAAACUUCAAGACUGUUUCCUCAGUUGUGCAUUAUAUCCGGAAGAUUGGAAAAUUGAAGAACGAAGUCUUAUUCAACUUUGGAUCGCAGAAGGGCUUUGUGGAAGAAAUGGAUAGCAUGAGGGCAGGGUUUGACAGGGGUCGUGCAAUAAUGAAUAGACUCAUCAGCAAUUGCUUGUUGGAAGUUUUUGCUGACGAAGAACAUGCAAGAUCUGUAAAAAUGCAUGAUCUUCUAAGGGACAUGGCAUUGCGUACUGCAAAAUCUCGAUUCUUGGUAAAAGCCGGCAUGAUGUUAGAAAAGGCACCAGAUGUGAAAGAAUGGAGCAUGAAUCUAGAGAAAGUUUCGUUGAUAUGGAAUCAGUGGUUAUAUAUACCCUUGGAAAUGUCACCCCCAAAGUGCCCCAGGCUCACAACAUUGUUGUUGUCUCAUUGCAAUAUAGCGAGUAUUCCUGAAGGAUUUUUGAAGCAUAUGCACGGGCUUAGGAUUAUUGAUCUUUCCGGAAAUCCUAUCAAGAAUCUUCCAAUUUCCUUGUCGAAGUGUCCCGGGCUCACAACAUUGUUGUUGUGUGGUUGUCGUAUAGAAAGUAUUCCAGAAAGCUUCUUCGAUGAUACGAAUGAACUCAAGAUUCUUGAUCUUUCCUCCAAUCCUAUCAAGAGUCUUCCGCAUUCCUUAUCAAAUUUGAAGAACCUCACUUCAUUGUUGCUUGCUUAUUGUGAACAUUUAGGGAAUGUUCCAUCGUUGUCAAAUCUUGGAUUUUUAAAGAAGUUGGAUCUUCGAGGAACAAAGAUCAAGGAAAUCCCGAAUGGAGUACUUUCAAGACUCUGUUGUCUUCAAGACUUGAUCGUCGGUGAAACUCUGAUAAAUGGAAAGGAGGUGGGUGGAUUGAAGAAACUGCAGGGAACUCUUGAAGGGAGGUUUUAUGACUGGCACAACUUAAAUAUGUAUCUCGAAGCUUGUCGUGGCCGAGAAGAGCCUCGUCAAUACAUAAUCUACGUGGGAGAUGUAAACUUUCAUACGUUUUCUGAAAAUGAAGGAAAAGAAAUUGUUGCAAGGGGUUGUAACAUCUAUAACUACCAGAUUGUGCUUCCACGUGAAAUUGAGGGAUUGGUUAUUGGGUAUUGCAAUGUUGAUUGCAGUGAAGAAUACCCGCUUUUCUCCAGGUUUAUCCUCUUCUCACUUUCCUCCUUUUCAUCUCUUAAAUCUCUUUAUAUAAAUGAUUGUGGGAAUAUGAAAAAGUUGUUCUCCCCAAACUGUGUGCCGCCAAAUUUACAAAUGCUCAGUGUCGGAAGUUGUAAGCAAUUGGAGGAAAUAAUAACAUCAGUAGUUGAAACGGAGGAAAGAGGAAUGGUUAUCACGGAGUUUCAUCUUCCACAAUUACGGCAAUUGAGGUUGGCGUUUCUACCGGAAUUGAAGAGCAUUUGCAGUGCUGGUGGAGUACUGGUUUGUGAUUCUCUUGUCGUAUUUGAGAUUGUAUACUGUCCAAAAUUAAAGAGGAUGGGUCUUAAUCUUCCCAAACUUGAUAAUGUCCCACCAUCUGCAUCUGCAUCUGCAAAUUUCUAUCUUUCAGUUCGGAUAAGACCAAAGGAGUGGUGGGAAUCAGUGGAAUGGGAUGGUCCCCAACCCAAGUCUCUUUUCGACCCCUACCCGGUUCAUUCCGGUUUUGUCGGUUCUCAGUCGGUUCUUCCGGUUCUUUACCGGUUCUGUGCUCAUCCGGUUUUGAGAGUUAAUUGGACCGGACAGGCCAUUGAAGCUUCACCUGUAGUGAAUGAAGAGACGGGUCCAUUGGAGGCAAAUGGCAAUCUCUUCUCGGGAAAAUGUAUAUUGAUCCAAAUCAGCUUCAAGAAAGCAAGUAAAACCAGUUGCUCGACUUCACAAGAUUCUGAAGUUCAGUUUGUUACUGAUGAGGAUGUUCAAGUUGAAACAAAUUCCCAAAAAUAA